AGGUUCACCCGCUGCAAGCGCAAAUCGAAUUCGGAAACAGCGAAACGCAAAAAACGAUGUUAGUUUCUGCGCGUUUUGGGAUUUGAAUGACGCAACCCGUAAAACCCUAAACCCUCUCUCUCUCUCUCUCUCUCUCUCUCUCGCUGGACAUAGAUGAGAUGAGGAAGAAGCUUCUGAUCGCAACCACAAAAGGCCUCUCCUUCCGCUCCAAUCACUUAUCCUUUGAGGUAUGCUACUCUGUUGAUCCAUUGAAAGUCCAGCAGCGUGGAUGGUCAUAUGCUGCUUCUGUCUCUUCUGAUGAACCAGAUGCCCAGAAAGGCCGAAAAAGGGUUACAAGACAAGAAAGGAGAGCUAUGGUGGAGUCAUUUGUGAACAAGUAUAGAGCAGAGAAUGCUGGGAAAUUCCCAACAAUAUCAGAUACCAAGAAACAAGCUGGUGGUGGUUAUUAUGUUGUCCGGGAAAUCGUUUUGGAGCUACAAUAUAAGUCUAAAAUGAAUUCUUCAAAGGGUGUGGAUGAGAUUUUGGUGGAAAAGCAAUUUGAUGAGAGUAAACUUCUUACCACUGAAUCUGUUAAUGUUUCAUCUGGUAAUAUUGAGAUCGCUAAAGACUGCCCGAUCCAAGACAAUUCUCAAUCGGUAGUUUUAGAUGACAAGGAGACCAUUAACAUUUGUUAUGAGCAUCUUGAAGACAAGAGACAGCCACAGACUUCCUAUUGGGAGGGGAGGUUGUCUGAAGAAGUUGAUAUUACGUCCACACCGAGUGACUAUUGCAUUGCAUCUGAAAGUAAUCUCGUGGAGAAGUGUUCUAAGGAGCCUUACCCAUCCAGUCUCCAUUUGCCAAAUGAUAUUAACACCGAGGAAGCUGUCUCUAAAUCUGAUUCUUUUGCACCAGAAAGUCAGCUUCUACAAGAGGAAAGAGAACAUUCUUCUCCUUCAUUUAGUCAAAAAAAUAGUACUGGUUAUGACAAAGCUCAGGACCUCGAAUAUGAUUUUCUUGAUAUAAAAAAUCAUCAAAAAGUGGAGGGAAAGUGCAUUAAGGAAGCCGAUUCUGAGAGAAAGGAGCAACCUGAUUUGAAAGACCUGUCUAGAGAGCUUUCCCAUUCAAGUUCCCAGGUGCCAAAUGGGGAAGCUGUAUCUAGUUCUUCCGAUUCUGUUACACAAGAAAGACACCUACUAAAAGAAGAAAUUGAACAAUUUUCUGUUCCAUUUAUUGAAAAAUCUCUCGGUGAAGGUAAGAGUCAUGAUUCUAAAUUUGUUGAUAUGGAAAACCAUUCAGCAAUUGAGAAAAAGAGCUUUAAAGAAACAGGAUACAAGAGAGAAGGGCAAGAUGCUGUGGAUGGUCCAAUGCAUAAAAUAGAGCAAUCUCAAAGGUCUUUAGAAUUGGAUGAGUCCAAAACUGACAGCUCUAGUAAUAGGGAGACCAGUGAUGCAGUGGGUUCAGAGAAAUCAACUUUUUGGGGAAAUCUGAAGUCAUUUGCCAAUGGCAUCAUGGAUAUCUGGAAAAUUUUUUGAAGCUUUAUGAAGGUUUAUGGUGCAACGGUAAGAAACUUGAUCUAACUGUACAACACAGACGGACGGUAUAUAUAGGAUUUAUGAGAUUCCUGGCUCUUUUUAACUUGUUAUUAGCUGGCAUGUUCUUGCAAAUUCUAUUCUCCUUUCUUGCUAUCCUUCAACGUUUCCAGAGGUUUUGUUGCCAAGUAUCUUCAAUGAUCCAGCUGGCUGCUCAUUUUAAAUGUAAGACAGUUGCACGUGAGUUUCUAGCUCCUCUUUUCCAUUGGCCCCAUCUCGGAGGAAAUCAGUACUUUGAUUCCCAAUCCAGUAAAUUAAUUUCCCAUUGUAAAUGUGUUUCACUAUGUUGUGAACAAUAGGAAAGGAAAUGCACGCUGUUGCAAUUUGCUCCCUUACUCAACUUUUGUUUAUGGGUUGUGUUCAUAUAUGAAUUUGAGGUGCAGAGUGGAAGGGUGAGAGGGUGCAAGAAAGCCAAGGUCAGUUUUCACAUCUAUUUAUGAUGGGGAGGCUUUUGCAUUUUGGAUAGCUUUCUAAGAAUAACCAACUUGAGAAUAAUAGAUUUUCAAGGACCGCAGUUUUUCUUACCAUAGACAUGAGAGUCGGAAAAAUUGAAUUGGUAGGGUUUAUGAAAUUUUUAUUUCCAGUAUUAAAUAUACUGAUUACUCUCCAUCCAAAUUAUAUUCUUUAUAUUGUCCAAAUUAGCAGAGCAUGAGCAUGAAGCAUUGAGCACCAAUUGCUGUGAUUAGAAACUAUUGUUAUUUGGAGUUAUAUAAAAAAGUUAACU